UGCCAGACCCUGGAGCUCCCCAGGGGCCGAUGGGAGCCUGAGCCUGAGCCAGGGGGAGGGGAGGCUAAGCCAUCCCAGCAGGUUUCCCGUGGGAGCCACGUGCUGCUAUAGAUGGAGCUACUACCUGGUCCAGAGCCCACCACUGAAGGGGCUGGGCAGCUCCUGGGAGCACUGCCUGUGGCAUGAUAUUGCCCAGGACGAAGAGUGACCAGGCUUCUCCAGAUCCUUCUCAAUCAGAUCAGAGGGCAGGAGUGGCUGGAAACCGAGAGCCCCCGAUACAGAUAAACUGGGACUGAUGCCCGUGUUGGCCCAGCCUGGCCAGUGCUGCUGGCUGCCUCCAGGUUCGCUCUUGGGGUCAAUGCCUUCACCCACUAUCCCACUGACCUGCAUAAAAAUUACCCAGCCCCAGAUCUCCAUGGACACCAACAUUCUCGCCAUCGCCAUUGCCACAGUGUCAUCCUUCGUGUUUGUCCUGGCCAUCUUGCUGCUGCUGCUCUACCAGCGGGAACCCCGGUGCUGCCAGUUCCUCUGCUCCUGCCGCUUCUUCCAGGGUCCUAGCCAGUGUGACUGUCCCCCUCCCUACUUUAGCAAUAACCAGGACUUGGUGGGACCCCCAGCCAGAUCCCAGCCAUCAGAGAGGAUGAGAACUAGAAUGCAGGGGCAUUUCCAGAGUGAUGAAAUAUUCUGCGUGGGACUGCCCAACAACUACCAGCUACCCCCCUGGCGCCCCCCACAUCUUCCCAGCUAUGAGAGUGUGCGAAAGAAGGACCGGCAGCAACAGAUCCACCGGCUGAUUGCACAUCGUUUUGGACUAUGGGCCUGCAGAGAGCUUCCACCAACCUAUGAGGAAUCCCUGGGACCGCUCCCCGAGGUGCCCCCCAGUUCUGGUUCUGCCCACCCAUUCCAGAGAACAACUGCCUUCCCUACUCAGAGGAACACUGCAGUGUAGGAGCAUGCAAGCAGCCUCCUCCUGGCCACCUCCUUAUCCCAGACCAACCCAGGCAGCAGAGGUGGUACCAAGCUGCCACUAGAGGGAGGCCUCUGCCAGACUCCAAUUGUGCUAGAUGCCCUUUGGUGCCUUCAAGACAGUGCUAUGGGAGGAUCUCACUGAUAACACAUCUUUGGGGACUGCCCUCUGUGGCCAUCCCACCCUCCCUGAAAUUUCUGGUCCUCUAUCCUAGAAAGCUCCCUCCAUUGUUUGCAAGGAAGUGAUGGGCCUACAUUACUGCCCAUAAGCACAAAGGGUAAAGUGAAUUACAGAGAGGGGAGUCUUAUUCAAGGCCCACAGAAAAAAUAAGAAAACGAUUUAUAACUGGAUCUCGGGAGUCCUAGCCUUUCCUGUUCCAGCUUCCUGGGGCUUCUGGAAUGAACAGAAAUGAAAUCUUUAUUCUGGUCUUAGAAAGAACUCUUGGUCUCUUCAGGCCUCUCUGCUCGGAAAUAGCCAAUCAAAGAGGGACCACAGGCACCAGGUAAAUCACUGCACAUGCCACACCAGACAGAGGCUGGCAGGGGGACGUCUCUUCUCCCACACAGAGUACAGCAAAUGCUACAGACGACUGGAAUGGGUAAACGCACUUUCUAUCCUGACCCUCAAUUUUAAUGAACCUGGGCCUAAGCUACGAA